AUGAGUUCCCGAGAUGGACGCAGUGUACGUGAGGGCGAGGAGCGGCGAUCGCGAUCUAGGGAGCGAUCCAGAUCAACGCGGCGGCGAUCUUCGUCGUCGUCUCGUGCAUCGGACGACGCGUCGUCUGCAAAGAAGGCAAAUAAGUCUAGAAAGAAGCACCGUCGUGAACGUCAUCGCGACAGAAGUAGCUCCAGCAGUGACGAGGACGCGAAGAAGAAGCCGUCAAAGAAGUCCAAGAAGCACAAGAAGGACAAAUCCUCCACCAAGAAGCGCAAGAAGUCGUCCAGUAGCAAGAAGCACAAGCGACGCCACGGCAGUUCCGAAGAUGAUGCAUCGUCGUCGUCAUCAGACGAAGACACGGUGCGCAGCGCCAUCUCGGGCAAAAAGAUCAAGCGGCACAUCGAGCAGUCCGAUUUGGACAAGCGCAACGAACGCAACCGCGUCAACUUGCUUCAGUUUUACAACGACAUGUACUAG